AUGAUGAACCCCAUCAGACAGUCUGGGUCCAGUCAGAGGCUCCUGAGCUCAAAUGCUGCUCCAGCGCAUACUAGCCGCGUGAUCUUGGACAGCGACCUGACCCCUGUGGGCCUCAGUUUCCUCAUUUGUACCGUGAGUGUGUCCACGCGCCCCCACUCGGCGCCCGGCACGGAACUGGUGAGGGGCUGGGCCGGCCCGGAGGAGCCGGAGGGGCGGGGCCGCCGCGCCAGCUCCCCUCCCCGCCGCCCGUCGCCUUCUCCUCCUCGCGCUUCCCGGGCUCAGAGCGGCGGCAGCAGCGGCCGCGGCAGCAGCUUUGGCUCCGGCUCCUCCCGCUCCCGCUCCGGCCCCGCUCGGCCCCACUCGCCCGGGCCCCGCGCCCCGACCUCGUCGCCGCCGCGCCUGCCGGGGGCCUCGGGUGCCCCCGCCGCCCGCCUCACGCUGAAGUUCCUGGCCGUGCUGCUGGCCGCGGGCAUGCUGGCGUUCCUCGGUGCCGUCAUCUGCAUCAUCGCCAGCGUGCCCCUGGCGGCCAGCCCGGCGCGGGCGCUGCCCGGUGGCGCCGACAACGCCUCGGCCGCCUCGGGCGCCGCCGCGUCCCAGGGCCCGCAGCGCAGCCUGAGCGCGCUGCACGGCGCGGGCGGCUCGGCCGGGCCCCCAGCGCUGCCCGGGGCUCCGGCGGCCAGCGCGCACCCGCUGCCGCCCGUGCCCCUCUUCAGCCGCUUCCUGUGCACGCCUCUGGCGGCUGCCUGCCCGUCGCGGGCAGAGCAGGGGGACGCGGCGCCGAGCGAGCGCGAGGAGCUGCUGCUGCUGCAGAGCACGGCCGAGCAGCUACGCCAGACGGCGCUGCAGCAGGAAGCGCGCAUCCGCGCCGACCAGGACACCAUCCGCGAGCUCACCGGCAAGCUGGGCCGCUGCGAGAGCGGCCUGCCGCGCGGCCUCCAGGACGCCGGUCCCCGGCGCGACGCCAUGGCCGACGGGCCCUGGGACUCGCCCGCGCUCAUCCUCGAGCUAGAGGACGCCGUGCGCGCCCUCCGGGACCGUAUCGACCGCAUCGAGCAGGAACUUCCAGCCCGAGUGAACUUCUCAGCGGCCCCAGCCCCUGCGCCCGUGGUGCCCACCGCCCUACACUCCGAGAUGGACGAGCUGGAGGGGCAGCUGCUGGCCAAGGUGCUGGCACUGGAGAAGGAGCGCGUGGCCCUCGGUCACAGCAGCCAGCAGCAGCGGCAGGAGGUGGCGAAGGAGCUGGACGCCCUACAGGACCGUGUAGCGGAACUGGAGCGCGGGCCCUCAGCCUACGGUCCCCCGGGCGCCUUCAAGCUCAGCAUCCCCAUCCGCAACAACUACAUGUACGCCCGCGUGCGGAAGGCGCUGCCCGAGCUCUACGCCUUCAGCGUCUGCAUGUGGCUGCGGUCCAGGUCGGGCGGCACUGGCCAGGGCACCCCCUUCUCCUACUCGGUGCCUGGGCAGGCCAACGAGAUUGUGCUGCUGGAGGCGGGCCAUGACCCCAUGGAGCUGCUGAUCAAUGACAAGGUGGCCCAGCUGCCCCUGAGCCUGAAGGACAAUGGCUGGCACCACAUCUGCCUCUCCUGGACCACAAGGGACGGCCUGUGGUCUGCCUACCAGGAUGGAGAGCUGCAGGGCUCCGGUGAGAACCUAGCCGCCUGGCACCCCAUCAAGCCUCAUGGGAUCCUUAUCCUGGGCCAAGAGCAGGAUACCCUAGGUGGCCGGUUUGAUGCCACCCAGGCCUUCGUGGGUGACAUUGCCCAGUUUAACCUCUGGGACCACACCCUGACACCCGCCCAGGUCCUGGGCAUUGCCAACUGUACGGGGCCGCUGCUGGGCAACGUCAUCCCCUGGGAAGACAAGCUGGUGGAGGCCUUUGGGGGUGCAACGAAGGCCGCCUUCGAUGUCUGCAAGGGACGGGCCAAGGCAUGA